AUGACAGACAGGAAGAAUCCUCAAAUGCGUCGUCAAGCUCCUCGAGACGCCAACUCUGACUCUGGAUCAAAUGAUGAUAGAAAAGUAGUACCUUUGUUCAACACCUCGAAUGCUAGCACAAAAAGCUCCUCUUCGGAUACAAGAGAUGAACGAAAGUCUUCAGCCAACUUAUCGGAUGCAAUCACCGAGAGUUUGAAUCAAACCAUGCAAGAAAAGUCUAUGCAUCAAGGACGAAGAUGGACAAAGUACCACAUCAAACGACGACGAUGCAACUGGUUUUACUCGAAAGAAUCAAGGCCGUUUCUUCGCUACCUGCUGGUCCGUCUACCAUCACUUAUCAACCUGGCAAGGAAGCACACUACUUCCGCUCACUUCAGAGACACGAACGCUGAAACGAUGGCCUUGCCCCCGCCUGCUUUCGAUUGGGAGUCCGCUCCUGUGAUCCUGGACCUCGUCCCGCGCAUAGACAACAUGCCGACGCUCGUAUACGAUCCAACUCAACCCCGUAGAAACUUUCGGCUCAGGGCGGUUGCCAAUGUCAACAUUACGAUUGACGGUCCUUAUGAUCAGCAAGGAAACGAUCAUGGUAGCGACUGGACCAUCCACUGGACUGAAUAUGGAAAUGUCGCCUCUCUUCAACCUGGUCCCGGUACACGCAUCUCAUUGCCUCCCCACACCUCAGACGGGGCACCUCAGCCAGGAACAUACCAGCUUCGAAUCCGUACUUACUUGGAUGGCUUAUUGAUGCAAGAUCUUCGUGUCAAUCUGGUUCUCAAUCUGGCUGUGGAAAACACCAUGGCUCCAAAACCGAUGGGAACGGAUGACGGUCCUCAUGGCGGCGGUACCGGAGGAGGCGUCGGUCAGGGUCGAUUGCCUCCUAUUGAAACGCUUUCACGCAAUUCGAACUACUGCGCUACGCCAGCGCCUACGGCUUCUAGCCAGGUCAAGAAGAGACUCAAUCGCCUCAAUAAAAUGUCACGUUUU